CUCUUCCUGUUCCAGCUGCUGCGGGGCCUGGCGUACUGCCACCGCCAGAAGGUGCUGCACCGCGACCUCAAACCCCAGAACCUGCUCAUCAACGAGCGGGGCGAGCUGAAACUGGCCGACUUCGGUCUAGCGCGGGCCAAGUCCAUCCCCACUAAGACGUACUCCAACGAGGUGGUGACGCUCUGGUACCGGCCCCCCGACAUCCUGCUGGGCUCCACCGAGUACUCCACGCAGAUCGACAUGUGGGGCGUGGGCUGCAUAUUCUAUGAGAUGUCCACGGGCCGCCCGCUCUUCCCUGGCUCCACUGUGGAGGAACAACUGCACUUCAUCUUCCGCAUCCUCGGGACCCCCACCGAGGAGACCUGGCCAGGGAUCCUGGCCAACGAGGAGUUCCGAUCCUACAACUACCCCAAGUACCGGCCUGAGGCCCUGCUCCAUCACGCGCCCAG